AACCCCUUCACUCUUUCACACACCACCUCUAUAACUCUUCUCUCUUGCUCUUUUUCCUCUUAAAUAUUAAAAAAAAAAACCUGUUCUCUUUGCCCUUUUACCCCUCAAGUUUAACGCUUUGAAGGAAAAUGGCUAUCAGGAAAUCAAACAAAUUGCCUCAAAGAGCAGUCAUCAAGCAAAUCCUGAAACGAUGCUCCAGCUUGGGAAAGAAACAAAGCUAUGAUGAACAAGGACUCCCUUUGGACGUCCCAAAAGGUCAUUUUGUUGUAUAUGUUGGCGAAAACAGAAGCAGAUAUAUUGUUCCCAUCUCUUUCUUGACCCGACCGGAGUUUCAAAGCUUGCUUCAUCAAGCUGAAGAAGAAUUUGGUUUCGAUCACGACAUGGGCCUCACCAUUCCUUGUGAAGAAGUUGUUUUCCAGUCUCUAACAUCCAUGCUCAGAUGAAAUAAAAAAGGCUAGCAAUGAAGCUAAGGCUGGUUAAGGCUUAGGCUUGAAAGAAACUAUUUUUGGAGAAAGGUCAUUAAGAGGAAGCUGCUUCAUUUGCUUCUCUGAUUAGAUUUUCUCCUCCUUCCUUUUUAUUCCUUUAAUUCUCCCUUUUUUUUUUCACCGAGUUGUUCAAGUAACUCUGACCCAAAAACCCAUUAAUAUUUAUUUGUCUGGGUUUUUAGAUUUGUAAAUCUGAGAAAGGUUUGAAAGAUUUCCUCACCGAGGUGUGGGUUGUAUAUCAACUACCAAUGUGCCCUGUGAGAGAACUAAUAUCAAGAAUUUUGGGGUUGCCCCCCCUUCCUUUAUUA